GGGCUUGACUCCACCUUUCCUGAGCGCCAUCUCAAAGGUAUGCUGCUCGCUUCGGCUCCAAACAUUGAUUGAUGCGGAAAUGACCAAGUUGUGCCAGCUUGAUAUACGCGUCGUUGGCCCGCAUUAGCUGUCGCCUUUCGACCUCCUCCGCUGGCUUUAUAUCGCCCUCUGCGCCCCCCAAAGAUUUCCACUUGCUCCAAUCUUCUCUCUGGGAGAGAGAGAGAGAGGCUUCCCGAAGAGGAUUCUCUCAACACUGGCUUUAGUGUACCGAAGCUGGAGUGCCUUUUUUCAGUAAGAACAAGACCUUGAAGUUUGCACUCAUCAGACAUGAGGGUGCACUUGCAGAAUACCACAUACCGUGCCGUUGCUCAAAAACAGCCACAGCAUUUGUAUAACUGGCUCACAAAAUAGCAAGCAUGCUGCAGGAGAUCAAGGAGUUUGGCUCGCAUGCCAUCGAUAUCUAUGACUACCUCGUCGCAGGAGUUGAUCCUCGGCUGAAGGAUCACUUCCUGAUGCAAAGUCCUAUUCCUAUGACUGUAAUUUUGCUGUGCUACCUGUUCUUUGUACUGUACCUGGGCCCUCGCAUGAUGGCCAAUCGCAAACCCUUCCAGCUGAAGGAAGCCAUGAUUGUCUAUAACUUUGCUCUAGUUGCCCUAUCUAUAUAUAUCGUCUAUGAGUUCUUGAUGUCUGGAUGGGCCACGACGUAUACUUGGCGAUGUGACGCAAUCGAUACGUCUGACAGCCCUCAAGCACUUAGGAUGGUCGAGGUUGCUUGGCUAUUCUGGUUCUCCAAAAUCAUUGAGCUCAUGGACACAAUGUUCUUUGUUUUGAGAAAAAAGAGCGGCCAGAUCACCUUCCUCCACAUCUUCCACCACUCUUUUAUGCCCUGGACUUGGUGGUGGGGAGUCGGCUACGCUCCCGGUGGGAUGGGAUCCUUCCACGCGAUGGUGAAUUCUUCCGUCCACGUCAUCAUGUACUUUUACUACUUCCUGGCUGCAGCCGGACCUCGCUUUCAGAAGUUCCUAUGGUGGAAGAAAUACAUGACUGCCAUUCAGCUUACCCAAUUUGUCCUGGUAUCACUUCACGCGACUCAGUAUUACUUCAUGGACAGCUGCGACUACCAGUUCCCCAUGAUCAUUCACUUGGUGUGGAUGUACGGCACCUUCUUCUUCGUGCUCUUCUCCAACUUUUGGGUACAGGCGUACGUGAAGGGCAAGCGGCUACCCAAGCAGGACAUCAAGUCGUGCCAUAACGGCUCCGCCCCCGCUCUCGCCGUGUACGCCAAUGGCAAGCGCUACGAGAACGGCGUAAAACACGGCACGAGCAAUGGCUCGGCCCACCACGAAAACGGCAGCGCGCCCAUGGGCAAGAUGAAGAAGGCCUAGGACGCUGGAAGGAAACUCACAAAGUAUGACCUCGCGAACCCGUUGCGCCUACCGCGGAUUCCAAAGACGAUUUUGGCUGUUUCUUGUCCUGUUUGUAGUUUUCCACGUAGAGGGGUGGGAGGGAGGAAUGACACUGUCCAAGACUUCCACAUAGAAGGGGGAUCCCACAUUCGGUUGUUCAGGUUGUCUCUCUGAGUUUUUGGGAAGCACAAUGUAUGAAGAGAAGAUGUUCACUGACAUGCCAUUUUUGUAUCACACUGUUUGCCUUUCACCUCAUCCACCCCUUUGUGGACAGUUGACUGUACAGAAGACUUGAACAUACUUUUAUCUGUAAAUAGUUUUACUACAAAAUGACUAAUUGUAUUGGUAAGGCUUUCUACUUUCUAAAUUGUGUAUUUAAAAAUAAAUUGCCAAUAAACCAUGCUAUAAAUGA